AUGGUGUCCUCAGGCGACGGAGCGACGGCUCGUGCGCCGGCCUGGAAACGAUUGGGCCUGAAGCUCAAGCAGUCUUCCGCCCCCGAGGCAGCAAAUGAAACCCUGCAGGUUGGGCAUCCAAGCAGUAGCAGGACCCAGCAAACCCAGUCGAUGCCGUCCAAGCGGAAGCCCGAAGCCCCGCCAGCGGGCGAACCUCUGUCGGCAUUGAAAAAAUCAAGGAACGAAUCGCAGCCUGCGGUUCCUAGCCCUCAGCUGAAAAGGAAGAAGUCUGUCACGUUUGGCGAGACGCCCACCAAGAGCGGCAUCGACGCCAAGAAACCUGUCGACAAGCCGCAACCCAAGAAAGCCAAGGUCCCUGGCAAGAAGCAAGCUGCUAAGGCCAACUCUGCUAACCCUGCGGAUAUCAAGCCUGCGCUUGAAUACUUGAGUCUGUGGAAUUCGGCUCGAGACUCGUGGAAGUUUAACAAGAAUCACCAAUCGACUCUCAUCAAGUUCGCCUUCGAUCCUAUACUCUUUCCUUCCGCCAAUAUUGAUACCUUCUACGCAUAUAUCCGUGAUAUCAAGGGCUUCGUUCGCACGAGACUACAAGAAACUGCCAUGGAACUGCGGACAAAGGACAGCACGGAAGGGGCCGCGGGCUUCCCACAGGGUUCAGUCAACCUUGUGGAGAAGCAGAUCAAGUACGACCAGCUACUUGCCCAAUUGCUGCAUUCACAGACUGGCCAGAAGAGAAAAACCUUUCACGAGCAGGAAUACCGAACAUCGUCAGAGGACGUUGAUGAUGUCAUCACACGUGUGAUUAAGCGCAUGCGGGCGGAAAUGGUUCUCGACCAAUUAUCUGAGGGCGAGGAGACCGAUGCCAGCCAGACAACCACGACGACGGUUUCUUCUGGGAAAGUGAGCGUUGCCGAGAGCAACACCACCAAGGCUACCGAAGCUGACAGCAAGGUGAAACUGAGCGAUGGACCGAGCAAGCGGCGGAGAAAGAUGCGUACCAAUGUCGAUGACAGCAGCUCUUCCGAGUCGGAGAGCGACUCAGAUACGAGCAGCAGCAGUUCCUCGGAUGACUCCGACUCCGAAGAUGAGAAUGAGAUGGAAGUUGAUGCGGGUAACGAAUCCUCCAGCAGCUCGUCUUCCUCUUCAUCGUCCUCAUCUUCCGAGUCUGAAGAUGGUUCCGACUCGGACGACGAAAGCUCAGACGAAGAGUAA